AUGCGCGAACUGUUCGUGGAGGGUGUUGGCGUACCCAGCCUGCUGGCAGUGCACCAAGACGCCACCGGCAACGCCAAGCAGAUCGGCCUGGCCUACGCCAAGGGCGUCGGAUGCACCGGGGCUGGCGUGCUGGAGACCACCAUCAAGGACGAGACCGAAAGCGACCUGUUCGGGAGCAGAGCAUCCUCUGCGGUGGCGUGA